GUGCUGGAGUGCUCCUUAGGACGUGGGGCGGAAGGGCGGCGUUCCUGAACUUAACAGAGUGCCCCCAAACCGAUAAAUUCAGUGUAAAAAUUACGUGGGGCGAGGGAGAUUGCUGUCCGCAUUGGAAUCGAGCUAGGAAACAAAAGCAGCAGCGGUCCCAGCGCUGAGGAUCAGUGACGCGUUGUAACCAGAAAAUAACCCGUCGGGAGAGAUGUAUAGACAGAGCGGCCUGUGUAACGUUUCUCUUCGUUCUUGUGUUUUCCUGAACCCGGGGACCUUGCUGAGUCUUGGUUCAGUCCAUCUCCAUAACGGGCUGACAGCUGCUACUCACCACCGCACAGGAGGUGAAGCUCCACUUGACGGGUCUACUUGCCACCAAUAACACCAACACUCUCCAGAUUCUUGAGUUAGGAAGGUGGAAAAACAGUUAAAAAAUUGUUGUAUUAUCUCAGGGAAGCAGUAACCUAUUGUGGGUUCCUUGGAGCAGCAAGUCAAACCAAUAAUGAGCAGAUGAUACCAGUUAAACAGUGUCUGGCAGACAGCGUCAUCACAGUGGCAACACCGCACAAGCAAAAUCAAAGAGCAGGGGACUUUUGUGUUCCCGAGUCAGCGGGAAACAUGCCCGGUAUCUCAGCUGCCAAAGUGGCUGCAGUUUCUACAUAGAUCUCUAUAGAUCUUGUAACCAUGUCUGUUAGCGCAACAGAGAGUGAUCCUCCUAGAUUCUUUGUGGGUGGAGAAGAUGGAGAAGAAUUACUGGACUCAGCCAGAUCUACAGAUUACGAACACUUCUAUGACCAUGGGGAAGAAGAGGAGGAAGAGUAUGACUCUCCACCAGAAAGACAAAUCGCAGUUGGGAUUUGUUCAAUGGCUAAGAAGUCUAAGUCCAAACCAAUGAAAGAAAUUCUUGAACGCCUCUCCAUGUUUAAGUACAUAACUGUGGUGAUAUUUGAAGAGGAUGUUAUUUUGAAUGAGCCAGUAGAAAACUGGCCUUUAUGUGACUGUCUCAUUUCUUUUCAUUCGAAAGGAUUUCCACUGGACAAAGCAGUUGCCUAUGCAAAACUCAGGAAUCCAUUCAUAAUCAAUGACUUGAAUAUGCAGUAUCACAUACAAGACAGGAGAGAAGUAUAUGGUAUUCUUAAAGCCGAAGGCAUCUUACUUCCUCGUUAUGCAGUUCUGAACCGUGAUCCAAACAAUCCCCAAGAAUGCAACUUGAUUGAAGGAGAAGAUCACGUGGAAGUGAACGGAGAAAUUUUCCAAAAGCCUUUUGUAGAAAAGCCAGUUAGUGCUGAGGACCACAAUGUUUACAUUUAUUAUCCAACAUCUGCUGGGGGUGGAAGCCAGAGGCUCUUUCGAAAGAUUGGCAGCAGAAGCAGUGUUUAUUCCCCUGAAAGCAGUGUGAGAAAAACUGGCUCCUAUAUUUAUGAGGAAUUCAUGCCUACAGAUGGCACUGAUGUGAAGGUGUACACAGUAGGUCCAGACUAUGCUCAUGCUGAAGCCCGAAAGUCUCCCGCUCUGGAUGGCAAGGUAGAACGAGAUAGUGAAGGAAAAGAAGUGAGGUAUCCAGUCAUCCUGAAUGCAAGAGAGAAGUUAAUUGCUUGGAAAGUAUGCCUUGCCUUUAAACAAACAGUUUGUGGAUUUGAUUUGCUGCGUGCUAAUGGACAGUCCUAUGUCUGUGAUGUGAAUGGCUUCAGUUUUGUGAAAAACUCCAUGAAAUACUAUGAUGAUUGUGCUAAGAUACUGGGUGGUUUUUUUUUCUUUUUAACCGCUAUUCCUUUGGAAGCUGAAGACAUCCCUAUUGUGCCAACCACUUCUGGAACAAUGAUGGAGCUUAGAUGUGUUAUAGCUGUAAUACGCCAUGGGGACCGAACACCAAAACAAAAAAUGAAAAUGGAAGUAAAACAUCAGAAGUUUUUUGAUCUCUUUGAAAAAUGUGAUGGAUAUAAAUCUGGAAAACUAAAACUGAAAAAACCAAAACAGUUGCAGGAAGUGCUUGAUAUAGCAAGGCAGCUCCUUGUAGAACUUGGGCAAAACAAUGAUUCUGAAAUUGAAGAAAGCAAAGCAAAACUUGAACAGCUAAAGACUGUGUUAGAAAUGUAUGGGCAUUUUUCAGGCAUAAAUCGCAAAGUCCAGUUAACAUAUCUUCCUCAUGGUUGCCCAAAGACUUCCAGUGAAGAGGAAGAUAAUAGAAGAGAUGAGCCAUCCCUGCUUCUGGUUCUAAAAUGGGGAGGAGAAUUGACCCCUGCAGGCAGGGUUCAAGCAGAAGAGCUUGGAAGGGCUUUCAGGUGUAUGUAUCCAGGUGGACAAGGAGAUUAUGCUGGAUUUCCUGGAUGUGGUUUACUUAGAUUACAUAGCACUUACCGACAUGAUCUCAAAAUCUACGCUUCUGAUGAGGGACGAGUUCAGAUGACUGCAGCAGCUUUUGCAAAGGGACUACUGGCCUUAGAGGGUGAGCUGACUCCUAUUCUUGUCCAGAUGGUAAAAAGUGCUAAUAUGAAUGGUCUGUUGGACAGUGACAGUGAUUCUUUAAGUAGCUGUCAGCAUCGUGUUAAAGCAAGACUCCAUGAAAUUCUCCAGAGAGACAGAGAAUUUACUGCUGACGACUAUGAUAAGCUUACUCCAUCUGGAAGCAUCUCAUUGAUAAAAUCAAUGCAGGUUAUUAAAAAUCCUGUAAAGACAUGUGACAAGGUCUAUUCCUUGAUCCAGAGCUUGACUUCUCAGAUCAGGCAAAGAAUGGAAGAUCCAAAGUCUGCAGAUAUUCAGCUGUACCACAGUGAAACACUAGAACUCAUGCUGCGCAGGUGGGCCAAGCUGGAAAAAGACUUUAAAACAAAAAAUGGAAGAUACGAUAUAAGCAAAAUUCCAGAUAUUUAUGACUGUAUAAAAUAUGACGUGCAGCACAAUGGCUCCUUAAAAUUAGAAAACACAAUGGAAUUAUACAGGCUUUCAAAGGCUUUAGCUGACAUUGUGAUCCCUCAGGAAUACGGUAUUUCUAAGGCUGAGAAACUAGAGAUUGCCAAAGGUUACUGCACUCCUCUAGUUAGAAAAAUCCGUUCUGACCUUCAGAGAACUCAAGAUGAUGAUACUGUAAAUAAGCUUCACCCUCUUUACUCCAGGGGUGUUAUGUCCCCUGAACGCCACGUUCGUACACGGCUGUAUUUCACCAGCGAGAGUCAUGUCCACUCCCUGUUAUCCACCCUUCGUUAUGGUGCCUUAUGUGAUGAAUCAAAAGAUGAACAAUGGAAACGAGCUAUGGAUUAUUUAAAUGUUGUCAAUGAACUCAAUUACAUGACACAGAUUGUUAUCAUGCUUUAUGAGGAUCCAAACAAGGAACUUUCUUCAGAAGAACGUUUUCAUGUGGAGCUGCACUUUAGUCCAGGAGCCAAAGGCUGUGAGGAAGACAAAAAUUUACCAGCUGGAUAUGGAUACAGACCUGCCUCCAGAGAGAAUGAAGGCUCGAAGAAAACCUCUCAUAGAAAUGAUAGUGAUGAGGAGGCACAUGCUUCUAGAAGAGAUGAAACAGAUCGGUCAGUAGUGAUGUUCAAGCCAAUGGUAUCAGACCCAAUUCACAUACACAGAAAGUCGCCCCUUCCAAGAUCCAGGAAGAUUGGUUCUGUCGAAGAAGAGAGCCCCCUGAGUGUGUCUAGCCCAGAGUGUAUUGGUACCUGGCUGCAUUACACCAGUGGUGUGGGUACUGGGCGUCGAAGACGCAGAUCAGGGGAACAAAUCACUUCUUCCCCUGUCUCCCCUAAAUCAUUGGCUUUCACAUCCAGUAUUUUUGGCUCAUGGCAACAGGUCCUAUCAGAAAGCAAUAGUAACUUACGAACACCAAGAACUAUUCUGGAACAAAAGCAGAGUGGUCUAGGGUCUCACUGUGCGGGCCUGUUUAGCACCUCAGUGCUCGGGGGUUCUUCAAGUGCACCUAACCUACAGGAUUAUGCUCGUACUCAUCGUAAAAAGCUGACUUCUUCUGGCUUCAUAGAUGACACCACACGCGGUUCUGCUGUUAAAAGGUUUUCUAUCUCAUUUGCUCGACACCCAACCAAUGGUUUUGAACUAUAUUCCAUGGUGCCUUCUAUUUGCCCUUUGGAAACUCUACACAACUCCUUGUCUCUGAAGCAGGUGGAUGAAUUUCUUGCCUCUGUGGCUGCUCCAUCAAGGGAACAUCUGCAGGAGACAUCUUCUCCAACUUAUAUGAUUCCACUAUCAGGAAGAAAAAUUCCUUUAAAUACAUAUACACCUGCAAAAAUUCAACCAACACCACUUGAAACUUUGCCUGAAAGGCUAGCAAUAGAGAAACCAACCUUACCCACCCCUGGAUCUUCUGUUUGUGUAUCUAAUGUCAAGGUAUCUCUUGAAGAGACCUCGCUAGAUGUAGAACUCAGUGGUGAAACUCUUUCUGAGAAGAAAUGAAGUUGAUCAGACAAAACUGGAAGCAAUUUCUUCAAAAAUUCUUCAGUGUAUGUUCAACUAAAUUACUGAGCUUUCAGAAGCCAUUCAUGUCUGCAGUUCAUAGUGCACUUCAGAAUCUAGUUUAUAUGUGGUUAACUAGUGUGCACGCUACAAAUUUAGGCUAAAUGUUUCUUCUCAUUUUCUAAAAUAUUUCAGGAAAUAUUUAUCAGUUUGAUGAACUGCACACCUUUAUUAGAAAAGCUGCACAUGAACCUUUUCAGUGUCUUCGAAUUUUUACUGUAAACUUGUACAAAAAGAAAAUACCAAUGCAGUGGUAUGUGUUACAGUGGCUCUGUUGCUGUCACUGUAAUGAAGGCAUUGUCUGUUGUCAUUAUAAACUUCUAUUUUCAGGAGUUUAUAAUCUUCCUGUGAAUUUCUUUUGUGGGAUGAAAUGUAACACAUGUCUUGGCUAAAAGCUUUUUUUUUUUUAAUUUAAGUACAUUUCCAAAGAGAUCUCUUUUGCCUGGUUUUGAAUAUAAGCAGAUGUUUUCUGCAUUUGAAUUAAUCAUAUAUGCUGCAAUAAUUAGGCAUGAUGGAGUGAGUUAAUGUAUUGUCACUUAACUCUCAUUUUUAUUCUGUGUUUACAUCAGACCUGUAACAUUCAAAUACACCUUCUCUUUUGUUGUUUAGUAUACAUGGUUGUAUACGGGUACCUGUAUAUCAUCCAGUGGAUAAAACUGUCUUUUGUAUGUUUGUAUCAAAAACUUCUUUUGUUUACUAAAAAGACAGUUUUAUUUGCUUUGCCAUAUGUUUCUACAAAAAGGUGAUAUUAAAAAGCAGGUUUUAAUAAAAGGAGAAGUGGUUACAGCUGGUCUGCUAGUAAGUUUAUCCUAAAAUUGUAAAUAUUCCAUCUAUGCUUUGUUACCAUCCCUUCAGAGUAGAGAGAGGCUGUGGUCUACCAGAACUCACUGCUUACUAUUGCAAAAUACUCAGGAUUCAUCAUGGCCUGGGAAUUUUCAUACCUCUCCUUCCAAUCUAGGUGGUUGACAACAGCUCUCAUAAAAAACAAACAAACAAACAAAAAAAAAAACCACAAUAAAAACCCCUAAAGAUUUUAUAAGAGCUGUGAGAAGCAUUAGUAAGUCAGUGGCACUUUGAGGUAUUGCGUUAUGUAGAGUAAUCAUCCAGUCUCAGCAGUUCUUGUGAUUUUUAUCUGUGGCAUGAAAUUAUUGAAUUAUAAUUAUCCCAAGUGUAUGAAAAUAUUGUCCACUUUUAUAAGUUCAAGUGGCUGAUUAUUAAUAACUGACUUCAUAAGCUACAAGUUAGAUAAUUCCUUUCACAUUUAAGUUGCAGAAGAUAUAGCUUCCAACAAAUACUUUUAAGUGGGGCUCUUACUCGUCUCCAGAGCCAGUGCAACUAUAAUUACAUGUACUUUGCCACAGGGUCUGUUUUCAGUGUUUACCACACAUGAAAUGGCUUCAGCAGACUAAUUCUAAAAAUACUGGUUAAAUACCAAAAAUAUGAAGGGUUUCACAGCUAUAUACUUAAAACAUUUCAUUUUCUGUAGUGUAAUUGUGUUAUUGACAGUGUUGGUCUUGCACACAACUGAAUGUACACUUGUUUACUGUUUUAAAAAAAUACUGUUAAAAUUUAAGUACGCGUAUCAUUCCAGUCAACCAAAG